ACAAAAGAAAAAAGACAGGAUCCCAUUGGUUAUAAAUGGUAGAGGAUUACUGGUGUUGAGAGUGUGCACAUAAUCAUGCUUGGGCAUCACCAUUCAACUGUCAAAAAAAGCAGCAGUUAAGUAAGUAGUGACCAUAAUAAACUGUAAGAGGAUAUGGUUAUGGCUUUGGCUUUGUCACCAUCCUUUUUCAAACCCCAUUGCUCCCCUUCUCCUACCAACCCCAUUUCUACCGUUACCGCCAUCCGGCCUGCUGUCAUUCUUCCAGGCUUAGGGAACAAUACAGGGGACUAUCAGAAGUUGGAGGUGACAUUGCAAGAGUAUGGGGUACCCACAGUUGUAGCUAAGGUGUCAAGGUUUGAUUGGCUGAGGAAUGCUGCUGGUUUGGUGGAUCCAAACUACUGGAGUGGCACUCUUAGGCCUCGGCCUGUUCUUGAUUGGUAUCUGAAGAGGAUUGAUGAGGCUGUCCAAGAAGCGAAGGAGCUGGCACAAGGUCAGACUUUGUCCUUGAUUGGUCACUCAGCAGGAGGAUGGCUUGCACGUGUCUACAUGGAAGAAUUUGGGCAGUUAGAUGUCUCCUUGUUAUUGACUCUUGGUACUCCCCACUUGCCACCUCCAAAAGGCGUGCCAGGGGUCAUUGAUCAAACAAGGGGUCUCCUUGAUUAUGUUGAAAAACAUUGCAUGAAAGCUGUGUAUACUCCUGAAUUGAGAUAUGUAUGCAUCGCAGGGAGGUAUAUUCAAGGGGCCCGCUUCUUGGGGGACUCAAAUGUGGAAGCUAAAACGAUGGUUCCUGUUGAGAACGAUCAACCAACUGCAGAGGCUGUGCUUGUAAAUGAUAUGGGCAAUUCAACUUCUACUGCGCCUAGAUUUCGUGCUCGUUUUGUUGGGCAAGGGUAUAAGCAGGUAUGUGGGCAGGCAGAUGUAUGGGGUGAUGGAGUGGUGCCAGAGGUGUCAGCCCAUCUGGAUGGCGCGCUCAACAUUAGCUUGGACGGAGUUUACCACUCACCGGUUGGUUCAGAUGAUGAUCUGAGACCAUGGUACGGUUCCCCCGCCGUUGUGGAGCAAUGGAUACAUCAUCUCCUCAACUAAACUUGAAAGGGAAGACAAUGGCCAGUUGAACGCGUGAUAAAUAUCAAGUCAUCAACAAACUUGCUAGUACAAAAAUUCUUUCGGAGUCUGGUUAGUCGACAAAACAUUCAAUCUGUUUUAACUCUAGCUUUUCUCCUCCUUUUUGUUGUCUCAAUCUCCUCUGUUGAACUUGGAUUCAAUUGCUCCUCUAUCUUGGGACAUUGAUUUAUCCUCAGUGAAAGCGAGUGUUGGUCCUCUUCUAGUUUA